AUGGCACCCAACCACACAUCUCCUCAGGAUGAGCCUCCGGAAGAAGUGGAAGCCUCAUCCGAAGAAGAAGUAGACAGAGAAGAAGAGGAAGAAUCCGAAUCCCAGCCCGAAUCCAAGUCUGAGGAACCUGAGCCAAAAGGAGCACCCACUCCUGUUGAUGAGAAGAAACCACAACCGAAGAAUCCGGACUUGGCUACGGUGCCGCAGUCUUCAUCCCCUGGGUCCGAAAAGUGGAAGCCUCGUCUGAAGAAGAAGUUGACAGAGAAGAAGAGGAAGAAUCCGGAUCCGAUGGAGAGCAAUUGCUACGGUUUUGGAGUGUUGCAACUUUCAGGUUCUAAAAAUCCUAUCAAGAAAUUGGCCUCGGCUACUACAACACCGGCGGCAAGAGCUAGGUCGAAGCGGCCAAGCGAGAGCGACCCCAAGGAUUCCAAGAGGCCCAAGAAGAAGAAGAUCCCAGAGUUGGAUGAGGAGCCGGACCAGGCCAGAGAGGAAACGAAGAAGGCCGGUGGAGACGACUUGAAGAAGUUGCUCCUGCUGCAGAGGAUUUGGAGCGAUGAUGAUGAGAUUACGAUCUUGGAAGGCAUGAUUGAUUACUAUACCAAGCAAGGGGUGCACCCAAAUGCUGAUAUGUUUGCGUUUCAUGAUUUUAUGAAGAAAUCACUGAAGGCCGAUGUGAACAAGACCCAAUUGCAAGAUAAGAUUCGUAGGCUCAAGAAGAAGUAUGAGACCGAUGUGUCCAAAGGGAAGAAGUAUAAUCCUGUUAAGCCUCAUGAGCUAUGGGUUUUUGACUUGUCUAAGAAGGUAUGGGGCAGCAGCGAAGGGUUAUUUGCGCUCGGUGGGUUGUCUGAACAGUACAAGUGUAAUGAGACGUGUGCGGGUUUGAGAGAGCUGACGUUGCUGGAGGGUUGCUUGGAGUUGAUUGGAGAACCCAAGCGAGCUGAGUUGAAGGAGGAGUGGAAGAAGCUGCAUGUUGCUGAAUUGGAGCUUGUUAUUAGAAGGGGUGAGUUGGCUAAGUUGAUUCUGGAGGCAUUGAAGUGAAGUCAUAUGACUGUGUGCAUGUAUAGCAAGGCAAGAAGAUCGUAUUUUGAAUGAAUUUUGAAUUUUGUUGUGUUUCAAAGGAAAUAUGGGUGCUCUGUGUGACCCAUUAAGAAUCUGAUACUUGUGUUUUUGAGAGAAAAAUGAAACGAAAGAAGGAUUUUCAAUUUUUGUUGAUC